AUGUCCUUGAUGCUAUCCACUAGCUGGGCUGCAGACAAGACUGCAGCAGAUUAUUUCGUACAUUCGCUGCCAGGUGCUCCCGAUGGACCGUUACUUAAAAUGCAUGCUGGACACGUUGAAGUUACCCCAGAGCAUGGCGGCAACAUGUUCUUUUGGCACUGGCAGAACAGGCAUAUCGCAAAUAAGCAGCGCACUGUAAUAUGGCUGAACGGCGGGCCAGGUUGUAGUUCUGAGGAUGGAGCUUUGAUGGAAGUCGGCCCUUAUCGGGUGAGGGACGAAUCGCAUGGCCCAAACCUCGAAUACAACCCAGGCUCCUGGGACGAAUUUGCCAAUCUUAUGUUUGUAGACAACCCGGUGGGCACAGGCUAUAGUUAUGUCAACAGCGACAGCUAUGUCCAUGAGCUUCCUGAAAUGGCGGCACAGUUCGUCAAGUUCUUGGAAAAGUGGUUUGCGAUAUUCCCUGAGUACGAACACGAUGAUUUAUACCUUGCCGGCGAAUCUUAUGCUGGCCAGCACAUUCCAUACAUUGCAAAAGCAAUCCUUGACAGGAACAAAGCUGGUGCAGCGCACCCAUGGCAGCUGAAAGGAAUGCUAAUUGGAAAUGGUUGGAUUGCUCCGGAAGAGCAAUACAAGGCAUACUUGUCAUACGCCUAUGAGAAAGGCAUUGUCCAGCGUGAUAGUGCCCUUGCGAAACGACUCGAAUCUCAGCAGGCCAUCUGCUUGGCAGCACUCGAUGAGGAGGGCGGACGAGACCGUGUUGAUUUGGCAAAGUGCGAGCAGGUGCUCCAGGACAUUCUGCGAGAAACACAGAUCAAGGGUCCUGAUGGCCAGAUGCAAUGUUUGAACAUGUACGAUGUCAGACUGAGGGACUCUUACCCGAGUUGUGGAAUGAACUGGCCACCGGAUCUUAGCAAUGUGACGCCUUACCUUCGUCGCAAGGACGUGACGCAGGCGCUUCAUCUCGAUGCCGGCAAAAACACUGGAUGGACUGAGUGCAACGGUGCUGUGGGAGGUGCUUUUAGAGCAAGCACAUCCAAACCAUCCAUUCAGAUCUUGCCCGAUUUAAUUGCGGAGGUUCCGACUGUUCUUUUCUCUGGAGCGGAAGAUCUGAUUUGCAAUCACAUUGGAACCGAAGAAUUGAUCAACAACAUGCAAUGGAACGGCGGAAAAGGGUUUGAACUCUCGCCCGGUACUUGGGCUCCUCGUCGCAAUUGGGAGUUUGAAGGAGAGCAAGCUGGGUUUUACCAAGAAGCCCGGAACUUGACCUACGUUUUGUUUUAUAAUUCAUCUCAUAUGGUGCCGUUCGACUAUGCUCGACGAACAAGAGAUAUGCUUGACCGUUUCCUAGGUGUCGAUAUUGCUAGCAUAGGCGGCGAGCCUACCGAUAGUCGAAUUGACGGCGAAAAGGGUCUCGAGACAUCAGUCGGUGGUCAUCCUAACAGCACUGCUGCUCAGGAAGCUGCGCAAGUUAAGAUUGACGAGGCCAAGUGGCAUGCGUAUUAUAAGUCUGGAGAAGUUGUAUUGGUUCUUGUCAUCAUAGCGGCUGCGGGCUGGGGAUAUUUUGUCUGGAGAGAUCGUAGAAAACGGGCAGGGUAUAAAGGCGUUUUUGGCGGAGAGUCUUCGCUAUCACUUGGUGGCUCUCGUGGGGGCGGUCGCGGUCUAGACAACCUCAGAUCCAAAAGAACGGGACGCGAUGUUGAAGCGGCGGAUUUUGAUGAGAGUGAGCUCGACGAAUUGCAUGUUCGCACUCCUACGCAUGACAUGGAACAAGAUAGAUAUAGCAUCGGUAGCGACGACGAAGAAGGCGGGGAGAAGCCUGGGAACGGUCACGCUAUCAAGAAGAAGAACGGAUUGUAG